AUGACCAAGCACGCAAAGCAGCACGCCGCCGCCAACCACCACCGGCUGCAGAAACCAUUGCAGCCCACCACGCUCCACAAGCCGGGUCUGGGAGGAAGUAGCGCCGCGAACACAGCCCCCGGCAGGACCACCCGCACCAUGCAGAGGCCACAACCCGGGGUGCCCAGCAGCCCAAACCGGCACCACGCCGGCCGGGGCACACCACAACACCUUCCCAGAGGGCCGGCUCUGCCAAACAGCUCCGCCAAGCCAGGGAGGCCGGAAGCUGCAGCUCCAGAUCCACCCACGGCCGCCCCGAGCCGCCGGCCCACCACCACGCGCGUCCGCCCUGCCCCCCGCGUGGCCCAGGACAGCCAGCGCCGCCGCAUCCCGCCGACGGCCUGCUCCCCGCCGGAUCCGGGCACGAAGCCUGCAUCCACCGCCAACCGGCACGCUGCCACGACUCCACUGCGAGGAGGAGGGGAGGACGAUGCUGCCGCAGUCUGGGGCCGCCGCCCCAACGCCCAGCGCCACCGCGCAGCAGAAGAGGCCAGGAGACCAGAUCCGCCCCAGCGCGCGGCCCCGCGAGGCACGCCGAGCCGUCCAGGGCCGUCCAGCGCGCACGACAGAGCAAGGAGAGGCCCGCCGCCGCCGGCUGCCGCACAGGCUUUGCCCGGCGGUGACGCCCGACGGCAGCAAGGGGGGCGGGGGCUAAGUGGAGGGGGGCGACGGCGCGCAAGGUUUCGCCCGAGUCGCCCCCUCUUGGAGAGCGACGGGAGGCUGAUAGUAACAGUGGCAGCAAUGAAGAAGAACAAGGGUGAAGCCAAUAAGGAGACUGAAUGUUUCUACUGCAAACAAAAGGGACACUGGAAUCGCAACUGCAAGAAGUACUUGGCAGAUAAGAAGAAUGGUUCUUUCGGACUACUGAAAGCUCGCAAGUUGAGAAGAACUGGAAAUCUUAAGGGAACCACGAUCUAG